GGCUCGGAGCUGUCAGUGAGUGUAGGGAGACCCGGGAGCCCAGGACCCGAGGAGCUGCCCCGAUGGACCGGGACAUGGCCGACGUCUUCCAGCACAACGACUCCACUUCGUCUCAUGACGUGGCCAACCGCUUCGCCCGCAAAGGGGCUCUGAGGCAGAAGAACGUCCACGAGGUGAAGAACCACAAAUUCAUCGCCAGGUUCUUCAAGCAGCCGACAUUCUGCAGCCACUGCACCGACUUCAUCUGGGGUUUCGGGAAGCAGGGAUUCCAGUGCCAAGUUUGCUGCUUCGUGGUUCACAAGAGGUGCCAUGAAUUUGUCACUUUCACCUGCCCCGGGGCAGACAAAGGGCCGGAUACGGACGAUCCGAGGAGUAAACACAAAUUUAAAAUCCACACGUAUGGCAGCCCCACGUUCUGUGACCACUGCGGGUCGCUGCUCUACGGGCUGAUCCACCAGGGCAUGAAGUGUGAAACAUGCGACAUGAACGUCCACAAGGUUUGCGUGGUGAACGUGCCGAGCCUGUGUGGCAUGGAUCACACAGAGAAGAGGGGGAGAAUUUUACUGAAAGCCGAAGUCGAUGAAGACAAGUUAAACGUCACAGUUCGGGAGGCGAGGAACCUCAUCCCUAUGGACCCCAAUGGCCUGUCGGACCCUUACGUGAAGCUCAAACUUAUUCCCGACCCCAAGAAUGAAAGCAAGAAAAAAACCAAAACUAUCCGCUCCUCCCUGAACCCCCACUGGAACGAGACCUUCACCUUCAAAUUGAAGCCGUCGGAUAAAGACCGUCGGCUCUCCAUAGAGAUCUGGGACUGGGACCGGACGACCAGAAACGAUUUCAUGGGCUCCUUCUCGUUUGGGGUGUCCGAGCUGAUGAAAAUGCCAGCGUGUGGGUGGUACAAAUUACUGAAUCAGGAGGAGGGCGAGUAUUACAACGUCCCGAUCCCGGAGGCCGACGACGACGGCAACGUGGAACUGCGGCAAAAAUUUGAGGAUAAACGGCCGAGCCGAGAUCAGAAAGCCAAACUGGGGCCGGCCGGCAACAAAGUGAUCGGCCCGACGGACAAGCGCAGGUCCUACGUCCCGUCCAACAACAUCGACAGCGUCAAGCUCACCGACUUCAUCUUCCUCAUGGUGCUGGGGAAAGGCAGCUUCGGGAAGGUGAUGUUGGCGGAGAGGAAGGGGUCGGACGAGCUUUACGCCAUCAAGAUCCUGAAGAAGGACGUCGUUAUCCAGGAUGAUGAUGUGGAAUGCACUAUGGUGGAGAAGCGAGUGUUAGCUCUUCAGGAGAAGCCACCCUUCCUGACCCAGCUGCAUUCCUGCUUCCAGACCGUGGACCGGCUGUACUUCGUCAUGGAAUACGUGAACGGGGGAGACCUCAUGUACCACAUUCAGCACGUGGGGAAGUUCAAGGAGCCGCAGGCAGUGUUUUACGCGGCAGAGAUAUCAGUCGGACUCUUUUUUCUGCACAAGAAAGGAAUCGUUUACAGAGACCUGAAGCUGGACAAUGUGAUGCUGGACUCCGAGGGUCACAUUAAGAUCGCAGAUUUCGGGAUGUGUAAAGAGCACAUGGUGGACGGGGUCACCACUCGCACGUUCUGCGGGACCCCCGACUACAUCGCUCCAGAGAUCAUCGCCUAUCAGCCGUACGGGAAGUCAGUGGACUGGUGGGCCUACGGCGUGCUGCUCUACGAGAUGCUGGCCGGACAGCCACCAUUCGAUGGAGAGGAUGAAGAUGAGCUCUUCCAGUCCAUAAUGGAGCACAAUGUCUCGUACCCCAAAUCUAUGUCAAAGGAAGCCGUGUCCAUCUGUAAAGGGUUGAUGACCAAGCAUCCCGUCAAGCGCCUGGGCUGCGGGCCGGAGGGCGAGCGCGACAUUCGAGAACAUGCCUUCUUCAGGAGGAUCGACUGGGAGAAGCUGGAGAACCGAGAGAUCCAGCCGCCAUUUAAACCAAAAGUGUGUGGGAAAGGCGCAGAAAACUUCGACAAGUUCUUCACCAGAGGCCAACCCGUCCUAACACCGCCCGACCAGCUCGUCAUCUCCAACAUCGACCAGGCGGACUUCGAAGGUUUCUCCUACAUCAACCAGCAGUUUGUUCACCCCAGCCUACAGAGCGUGCCGUGAGCGCGGACACCGGGGGAUUUGCCAAUAACCCUACAAUUUUAAGGUCGCGACCUCCAGAUAACCAGGGCCUGAAAAUUCUAGGGUUACAUAAAUUUAUAAAUCUAAUCAAAUAAAAACUCGAUUGUGUUACUGAAAGAA